CACAAACCUAAUUCUCACAUCACUUGGUAGUAGCAAUACCGCAAAAACCCUAGCCAGUGCUUCAUCCUCUUCCCCUCACCCUCGCCGCAAUGGCCUCCGCAGCUGCUCGUCCUCUUGUCACCGUUCAAUCUCUCGAAGGAGACAUUGCUACCGAUGCCUCAACAACCCUCCCAAUUCCCGAUGUCUUCCGUGCUUCCAUCCGUCCCGAUAUCGUCAACUUCGUCCAUUCCAACAUCUCCAAAAACAGCCGUCAACCUUACGCCGUCAGCCGCAGUGCAGGUCAUCAAACCUCCGCUGAAUCAUGGGGAACCGGUCGUGCCGUUUCUCGUAUCCCUCGUGUUCCCGGUGGUGGUACUCACCGUGCCGGACAGGGAGCCUUCGGAAACAUGUGUCGCGGCGGAAGAAUGUUCGCUCCAACCAAGAUCUGGCGCCGCUGGCACCGUAAGAUCAACGUUAACCAAAAACGUUAUGCUGUCGUAUCCGCCAUCGCCGCCUCUGCCAUCCCCUCACUCGUCCUUGCCCGUGGUCACCGGAUCGAGACUGUCCCUGAGCUUCCACUCGUCGUCGGUGAUUUCCCCGAAGGAGUUGAGAAAACAAAGGAAGCUAUCAAAGUUCUGAAGCAGAUCGGAGCUUAUGCCGAUGCCGAGAAGGCAAAGGACAGCCACGGCAUUCGUCCCGGAAAGGGAAAAAUGCGCAACCGUCGCUAUAUCUCUCGCAAGGGUCCUCUCAUUGUUUACGGCACCGAAGGAGCUAAAGCUGUGAAAGCUUUCAGGAACAUUCCUGGUGUUGAAAUCACUAAUGUUGAAAGGUUGAAUGUUUUGAAGCUUGCACCUGGUGGACACUUGGGUAGGUUUGUUGUUUGGACAAAAUCUGCAUUUGAGAAAUUGGAUUCCAUUUAUGGGUCAUUUGACAAGACUUCUGAUAAGAAGAAAGGGUAUGUUCUACCUAGGGCUAAGAUGGUGAACUCUGAUUUGACUAGAAUUAUUAAUUCUGAUGAAGUUCAAUCUGUUGUGAGGCCUAUUAAGAAGGAUGUUAAGCGUGCUACUCUUAAGAAGAAUCCUCUUAAGAAUCUUAAUGUUAUGCUCAGGCUUAACCCUUAUGCUAAGACUGCUAAGAGGAUGGCUCUUCUUGCUGAAGCUGAACGUGUUAAGGCUAAGAAGGAGAAGCUUGACAAGAAGAGGAAGACUGUCUCUAAGGAGCAAGCUUCUGUCAUCAAGGCUGCUGGAAAAGCAUGGUAUAACACCAUGGUCUCCGAUUCUGAUUAUACCGAAUUUGACAACUUCACUAAGUGGUUGGGGGUUUCACAGUGAAGUCCAUUUUUAUGUUUGCAAUAGUUUUUUGUUCUGUAUGGUUAUCUGAACUAAUUAAUUUUGGUUAUUUGUUGUUUUGCGUAUUAAGGUUAUUACACAUUAUGCAGACAGUUUGGAAAUUUUGUUUGUCUUGUUUUAGUGCAAACUGUUUGUUGCAACUAAUAAUCUAGCUUUUCUACAUUUUUUCUUUAAUCUUU